AUGAAGCUCUAUAUAGACUCCGAUCCGUUCCUCUUUCUCAGACCGUUUCCUGCAAAUCCCUCCAACCAGCUCGUUGAGCACUGGCAUGAGGUGGCAUUCUUUACAGCUGCCUUCCACGGCAUCAUGCUAGCCGCACCAUGGAUCAAUUCAAGGGUGUUUGGGAAGUUCUACGACGACCUAGCAAAGAAAGAGGAGAAGACCAAGCUGAACUUUGACAUCAGAAUCGUCUCCCUCGUUCAAGCCAUCGUCUCCGUGUUCCUCUGCAUCCCAAUGUUCCUCCAUCCAAUGUUCCGGGAAAACCCCGUCAGGGGAAGCUACCCCUUUGCUGCAUUGGUCAACUCGUUUACGGUCGGGUACUUUAUCUGGGAUUUGCUGUACUGUUGUGUUUUCCACUACGACAUAUUCGGUCCAGAGUUUUUGUUCCACGCGUUUGGUGCAUUAACGGUCUUCGGAGUCACCUACACACCAUUCUGUCAGCCAUACCUCUGUUCCUUUUUGAUUUACGAGUUGAGCACACCAUUUGUUCAACUACACUGGCUGUUCACUAGAUCUCCAAAAGGUAUGUGGUCUGACAAGCUCAUCACAAUCAACGGGUUGUUCUUGAUCUCUGCCUUCUUCUUCGUGAGACUGAUCUGGGGUGUAUACGCCACCAUUCAGAGUUUUUUCCUCUGUUGGCCAGAGAGAAGUUACUACCCCUUCUGGUUGCUCCCUAUGAUCUACAUCCUCAACUCGGGCUUCCAGUUCUUAAACUUCAUGUGGUUCGGCAAGAUGAUCAAGCUCGCUACCAAGAUGCUGGGCGGUAAAACUAAAGCCGCCGAGAAAGAAGAGUAG